AACGUCAUUCCCACGCACGCCUGUUCCCUGGAGCACUUGGGCGAGGAUAUACUGUAUUGAAGCUGUUAAUGUGAACUAGUGAGUUCAUAUAAUUACUGCUAAUUACUACUACAAUAUUACUUCAUACUCUGUAGUAAUUAAAAUGAACAAUUUUAAACAAAUAAGAUCUUUUAUAACACUUGGGGCUGCUAGAAUGUUUCUACAGUCAAUGAUUUUAUCACGCGUUGAACAUUGCAUUACAUGCUGGCAAAUGGCAGCUGUCAGUACAUGCAGUAACAGAAUCCCUAUCCAAAUAAAUCGUUAAUGGUCUUUGCCAGAAAACCAGUGUCAUUCCAUGUUUGUAACAUUUUCUAAAAAGUACUAUACAUUGAGCCUUGAUCAUUUUAAAAUUGUUUAGGGCUGCAGCUAUUGAUUAUUUUAGUAGUCGAUUAAUCGAUAAACUAGUUAGUUUGAGUAAUCAAGUAAUCGGAUAAGGAACAUAAAUAAUAAAAAUACCUGCGCUGAGCUUGAAACGGUAUAAAUUUUGUUUUAAAAUGAAGAUCUAUGUACAACAAAAGAACAAUUGGCUAACUUACAUAACAAAAGUCCGCUAGCUGAAAUGCUAUAAAACGCCAACUUUUUUUUUUUUUUACAAUGUUCUGAACAAAUGGUUCAGACAUGUAUUCCCACAAAAAACGGCUAACUAUACCUAUAAACUACUUUACGAAUGCAUUAAAAAAAACAUUAGCUCAAACAAAAACUGAGCUUAUGUUGGUCUUAACAGGGAGCAGCUGGAUUCAGCCACGUGAAAUGAGGCAGACUAGAGGGCAUUGUAUCCACCCAAAUCAAUAAAACUAAAUGCAAACACAUUCAAAACAAACCAUUACAACACCAUCCUAAAUAAAAGAAUACUCGAAGCAGCAAAAUUUAAUUCCAAUCUUUUUUUCUAAUCGAAUACUCAAAUUAAUCGAUUAAUCGUUGAAGCACUAAAAUUGUGAGAACGGCUUGUCUAAUGUACAAGGUGUUACAUGGACCCACCUCCCAUGUCGCACUUUAAAAAAAAUAAAAAAUAAAAAUGGACUCAGGGCCUCCUCUGUGAGGUCCCAAUCAGAAAAACAGCCUUCGGUUACAAUUCUUUCUCUCUUUAAAGGCCAGUAAAAUCUGGAAUAGUUUACCACUCGCCACCAGGGAGUGUCCCACAAUACAAACCUUCAAAACUCAGCUCAAGCAGUGGUUGACAGUCAGUGUUGUUUUCGUCAACGAUUAAUAUAACUAAAAUAUUUUGUCGAUGAACAAUUUUUUCAUGAUGAUGACGAGAUAAUAACGAGCUACAAACGUGUCUUCGGAGACUAAAAUAUAACGAAACAAAUUCCGUUUUUUGUAUGACGAGACGAAAACGUGCCAUUGUUUUCAUCACAUGUUCACUAUGUGUGACAUUUUAAUGUGUAGUUAGCCUGCAUCGUAGCAGUGUCUGGUUGUGUCACUCAUGGGACGUGCUGUGUCCCCCCCAACACACCAGUGCAAUCUUCAGUCUGCCCCAUUGCGUGUUAUGAAACGCACACGGUGGAUGUAAGAGUGGUCACCACUGUGCAUGCUGGGCAUUUCUAUAACCCCGAAGAGGUGUCAGUGAAAAUUUACAGUGACAAAGAUGAAUGGGAGAUGUGGAGUCAAAGAUCUGAUCCAGUGCUACAUAUUGAGCUCAGACGCUGGGCCGACCUACUUGUCAUUGCCCCCUUAGAUGCAAACACACUUGGAAAGAUCUCUUGUGGCAUCUGUGACAAUCUCCUGACAUGUGUGGUGAGAGCCUGGGAUACCAGUCGCCCUCUCCUCUUCUGCCCUGCUAUGAACACUGCCAUGUGGCAGCAUCCCAUCACAGCCCAGCAAGUACAAAGGCUGAAAGAGUUUGGCUAUGUGGAAAUCCCCUGCAUUGCAAAGAAGCUCGUUUGCGGAGACAUAGGCAAAGGCGCCAUGGCAGAAGUGUCGACUAUCAUCAAUGUUAUCAAGCAGUGCCUUCAACAAACCAGUGAGUCAUCUCCACCAACAUGAACGGCAGGCAGCACUUUUAUCCUUUUACUGAUAUCGUGUCAUUGACAGAAGCAUGACCUCUGUUUCUUGUUUUAUUUGACAACGUUGAGGGUUUUUUUUGUUUUUAGUUGCCUGGCCCCAAAAUAAUGUAAAAAUUCAUCCCCUUAGGCUAGUGGUUCUUAACCUGGGUUCGAUCAAACCCCAGGGGUUCGGUGAGUAAGCCUAAGGGGUUCGGUGAAGGUAAAGAAAUGCAGAGCCCUAUUUUCGUACACUGAUUAAAUCUAGGCAAAGUGGCAUUUUAAACUAGGUUUUGGACUGGUUUGCUCCUAAUUUACAGGCUUAAUCUAUUUCUUUUGGCUGCUAGUCCUGAUCUGGAAUUUUGAUCGAUCUAAUCUGACUGAUCUGGAAGUUUGACUCGCACUUGGUAUGAAGGAACACAACAGACCAAUGAACAGCGUGAUUUCAAAAGUUUAUAAAACAUGCUGUCAAAUUGAGAAGAAUUUUGAAUGGUAAUUGGUUAAAUUAUUAGCUUGCUAGCCUAGAUAUACUGUAUCAGUUUUUAAUUUAAAUAACUGCUUUAUUACAUAUUUUUGAAGGGUUCGGUGAAUCCACAUGUGAAACUUGUGGGGCUCGGUACCUCUGGCAAGUUUAAGAACCACUGGCUUCGGCUCUGUUCGCUUACCAUUACAAGGUCGUGGGCAACGUGAAGCCUUUCCUAACUAAUUAGGUCUAGCUAUGUAGUACACACUAAAUUGGUGGCCAGCCUAUAAGGCACAUUUAUACAAUCGGGCACAAUUAAGGCACACCUUGAAUAAAAAAUACGUAGCCAAACAUGCAUGUUUUCAGAAUCACAAUUUCCGGAUGAAAGGCACAAAAGUAAAGGGAAGACACGUAAAUUUCAAGGUGGUCUUCCUCUGCUAUCAGUUGGCCAUAACUCAUCCUUGACUCCCUUACUCUCCGUCAUGCUGGCGUACAAAGUUGCUUUGUUGAUUUACCAUGUGAAGGAAGCCCGGUGCAUACCAAAGCGCUCCAGAUCCACAGUCAAGUUGCCGCCCUGAAUAAAAUGCAUACAAAUAUUCUUUGAACAUAAGUCCAGUACUGCUCAAACCUUUCUAAUUGAUGAAUUUAAAAAAAAAAAAAAAAAAAACCAUUCUACUGGCCCGUCCCUGGUCAAAUACAGUGAUCCCUCGUUUUUCGCGGUUAAUGGGGACCAGAACCCGCGAUGACAAGUGAAAACCCGCGAAGUCAUAUAAGACAUGUAAGACUUUUUUUCUUCAAAGUAUAAUUAAGAAAAAACAAAAAACUUCAUCGUUAACUUUAAUAAGCAACUCCAGUACACUGCCUGACCAUCAAAGAGCAGGGGGAGGGAGGAAGGGAGAGUGGCUCGGGACAGCUCAUCUGUAUUUAUUUUUUAAUUUUAAAAAAAUGUGAAGUAGCGAGGAAUUACUGUAGAUCAGACAUCUUUUGCCAUCAAAUGGUAGUGAAUUAGUUAAAUGUGUAAAACUGAUUGAUUCUGGGCUCAUCAUUGUAAAAAAAAAUAAAUAAAUAAAAAUGUUUCAUUAAAAAAUCUAGAACCAUAUUUACCAGGCAUGUUUGGGCCAUUUAUACUGUAUGGACAUCCCCAAAUAAUAUUAAUUCUGAAAUCUUUUGUUUUACCUAGUCACAUAGUGGCUUUCUAGCGCUGUUGUUGUUGAAAAGGCUUGAGGUACUUUACGGGUCAAAACAAGUUUUUGUAUUGAUAUUUAUGCAUCUCAAUGUCUCAUUGUACUUUGAAAUCAAUGCAUAGAACAAAAUAUAUCAUGGCAUAAAUAAACCAAAAUGUACUCUAGAGUAGUAAAGUUGCCAGAUUUGGCGGAAAGCAGAACAUGUAUCUGGCUUCUUUCAAAAAUUAAAAUCAAAUAUUUUUCAGAACCUUCCACCUUUGUUACGCAAGUUUUCAUUCAUAUCUGUCACGCCAUAUUGUUUUUUCUUCAUCUGGUAAUUACAGCAUAGCUUUAUUCAUGUUUUGGUUAAAGCUAACCUUGCAUGGAAUCCCAGUUUUCUUUCCCAUUGUUUCGUGCAUACAAUGGAUUAAAAUGAGUUUGUGACCUGGUUGAAUUGUGACUUAUGACUGGCAGUCAGCCAUAUAUUAAUGAAAUUUCAGUUUCCAAAGGCAUGUAAAAAUGAUUGUCCUUUUCUAUCUUUUAUUGCCAGAAAAAAAAGCCAAGAUAACAAUCUUGGCUUUUUUCUGGCAAUUUUGAACGGAAACCUGAUCUAAUGACAUCAAAUGUUAUGAAAAAAGUCUACACAAAAAAAAUAAUGCUAGGUCAUCUUUCAAGGUACCAACCACUGUCGACUCAUACCAGAGGGUACUUCAUUGCGCUCAAAAAAGUGUGGGUUCCAUUUUUGUUAAGGGUGCCUGCAACCAGCAAAACAGCCCCAGGGCGUCAGGCUACUUACAAUCAAAUAUUUCCCAUGUUUGACAGUUAAUGUCACACCCUGGGGAAGCAUCCUUUUGCCUACGCAACAAAUGACAAAAAUCCUACUUCAGGAACUGAAAGUCUAUUGGUGACUUUUUUUGCCCUAGCAAGUCUCUCAUGAUGUUAAUAACAGCAUUUUUUUUUUCUGCAACUCCACCUAUCAUAUCCCAACUCAAAUUUAAUUUCACAGAUGAAACGGAUUCUUACUAUGAUCACUAAACUUAAGUUGAAGGUUUUGCACACCCAUUGCGCAGCUUUGGACUGAAACCUGUCUUCUGAGUCUAUUGUGGCUUCUGUCAAGUGUCCCCAAAUUUCUGAAUACAUUUUCAUGGUGAAGCAUUGAAAUGUGUAAAAGCAAUGCAUUGCAUGCAUUAACAUUUAGAUUUUUUAAAAGUGUUUUGAUGGUCUGGGCUUUGUUUGCCUUGUUUUUUCCUUUUUUUAAAUGCAAAACACUACUUUCUGCAGAACAAUACAGUUCAAGCAAAGACUGCGAGUAUUGUCAUUUAUCAAAGUCAAGCAUGUCUUUUAGUUUUGGUGUUAAAUAGUUGGAUCUCCGCUCAGGCUUUUACUGUUCAUCUAAUGUUGGUGAAUGAUCUGAUGAACAUUUUCAGAUGACAAAUGUCUUCCAAGACCACCAGAACAUUCCAGCAGUGAUUGAUUCAAUGCCAUGGGAACAUUUAAAUAAUGCUCACGAGGAAACAGUAGCACUUUGUGUUACAUAUCUACUGUUAUGUAGACAGUGGGGGAUGGAAGUAAUAGAGAUAAGUUGGGACACAUGUAUGAAUUGGUAACACACUUGGAAUGUUGGAUCAACCUCUAUUGCUGGAGAACAGCUUUGAGUUAAGUCAUUUCUUGAUGUACAUUUUAAUUUUGGGGUAACGCUUAUGUUUUGUUAGUUUUUUUGGUUAAGUAGAAAAAAAAAAAGAGAGAGAGAGAAAGGUCUUUUCAUCUGAUUUCAGAAAAGUGACAUGAAAAAUUAUGCAUCACACAGACAUUGUUUUAUAGACAAUUUUAUGUCAGCAUCCAUCCUUAUUUAACACCCCGCAUAUUUGGAGCCGAUUCCCACACACUACUGUUUUUGUGAGUAUCAGACCAUUAGCAACAUUUAGUUUGCUAUGCUCCUGAUAACUGAAAAGAAAAUUCUUCUCCGUGUGAUGAAACAAUUAUCUUGAGGCAUUUUUUUUUUCUUUUUGCUUGUCCAAACAAGAACAUGUUCUUUAUACUCGAAGAAAAUUUCUUGACAUGCUGUAAUGAAAGUCAAUGUUUUUGUUUAUCUAGCCACUCACAACAAGUUUUAUUUUAUAACAGACAAUGCCUAAAGGGCUACAAUCAUGUGAUACAAAUAUUUAAGUGAAUCAGUGGAAACAGGACAACUUAACUCCUUGGCCGCCAUUGACGUCAAUAUAAUGUUCAAUCCAUUUAAAAUCUGAGGGCUGACUGAAUGAACAUGUUUUUGUACAUUGAUGGCAAUAGUACAUUCGAGUCAGUUUGGACAUCUGUGUGUUUGGUUUGGACUUCAGUGUGUUCAGUUUGGACUUGAUUCAUUUUUCUCGUCUGAAUCGAUAUGUCAGGGUUGUCUUGUUCUAAUGCCAUUUAAUUGUUUAUUUGAUUCACAAUGUCUUGUAAUUCGUACGGUAUGUCAAGAUUAGAUUAAUCUUUUUCAAUCAGGAAAAAAAAAUCAUAAAGGCAAAUCAGACAAAAAAAAUAUGAAUUGCCCAGCGACUUCAUCUACCAUAAAACUGAACUGUGUCCUAGCUGCUCUCGGAAGGGGGAUAAGGUCUGUUUCGUCUCAUGUGUGGAUUCAUUGCUGAAAAUUAAGAAAUACAUACUGUAUGAGCAAGAAAAUGUAAAAAUCAUUAUUAAAUAUAAAUAAAAAAUCAUAACAAUGAUGAAUUAAUAAAAGGGUAAGUAAACAUUUUAAAAGAUGAUUAAUUAAAUUCAAAUAUAAAUAAUUAAGGAUGAAAUCCUAAGACAGUUACCCAAGAAUCAUACUUUUUGCAACAAUUUAUUUAUUUUUUUUUUAAAUUAUUUUUUAAAUUAUUAGUUUUUAUGCAAUGGAAAACUUUAUUGUCAUUAACAAACAGGACAAGCACAGUGUACGACGCUAUUUCGAUCGAUGAACCUGCAUUGGCCCGCCGCAACCCUGCUGCGCUUCUCUCGUGCUGUCUCCUUUGGCAGAUACAGUACAUCAGAGCAUAAGUCACAUGGUUUCAGACAUUUCGGUCCCCAAUAUAUAUGUAUUUUACAUUUCAUUCUUAUUAAAAAGAAUGUGUUGUCAAAUUAAUCGCGUUAACGGGCGGUAAUUAAUUGUUUUCAUUAAUCACGUUAAAACAUUUGACGCAUUUAAUGCAUGCGCGGAAUGACCCGCUCGUGCAUUGCCUCAAGCAGAUUACAAUGACGCCGUUUUUUGCACAUUGAGAGCUAAGAGGCAGAGAAAGCCGAGUGGACACAGGCGUUCAUUGGACCGCGCCGUUUAUUGGCAUAAUCUUCGGCAACUCCUUCACAACAAACAUAAGUAUCAUUUAGUGAAAGCACAACAAAAAUAAUAUUCCUACUAUUCCUAAUAUUCAACAAAUACACUGGAUGGCAGUAUUUAGUCACAAUAUACAAACUAUCAGAGGUCUCGUACGUUGUGAAGCCAGCACUCAUAUGACCGUGAAGUUCAAUGGAUAGACCAGUAAACAGGGAACUACGGCGUCACUCAUUGGCUUGAUUUCUAAGUAAUUUAAUUCUCGCUAUUGACACCUUGUGGUGUAUUUCAAUCACUACCUCACGUAGUUAAAGACACUUUGGAAGACCAGCAGGGAACCCAUGUGACGUCACCGCUCGGCGACGUCAACAAUGGCGAGCUACUAGUUUAUUUUUUGAUUUAAAAUUUUACAAAUUUUAUUAAAACAAAAACAUUAAGAGGGGUUUUAAUCUAAAAUUACUAUAACUUGGGCUAACAUUUAUCUUUUAAGAACUACAAGUCUUUCUAUCUGUGUAUCCCUUUAACAAAAAGAAUGUUAAUAAUGUUAACGCCAUCUUGUGGAUUUAUUGUUAUAAUAAACAAAUACAGUACUUAGGUACAGUAUGUUGAAUGUAUACAGUAUAUCCGUCUUGUGUCUUAUCUUUCCAUUCCGACAAUAAUUUACAGAAAAAUAUGGCAUAUUUUAGAGAUGGUUUGAAUUGCGAUUAAUUACGAUUAAUUAGUUUUUAAGCUGUGAUUAACUUGAUUAAAAAUUUUAAUCGUUUGACAGUCCUACAAAUAAUAUAUUAUACAGUACAGGCCAAAAGUUUGGACACACCUCAUUCAAUGCAACACAAAUGAAUGAAUUUUUCGUCGCCUGUACGGCUUUGGGUGCGAGGGGAGCGUCCCUUAUUUCUAUUUCUGAAAGGUGGCAACCCUACUUUUGAAACAGAUCUCAAAUUACUGCAGCAUUUCUUUCAGUAAAAGGCAAUAAAAGUAUAGACGAACUGAACUGACCAGGGAUUGUUGCUCCGGUCCAGCCCUCUUCUUCUGGAUGACAGUCCUGCUGUUGAAGCCUCAAACUCUUUGUGUUCGUUCACAUGUUCUGUCUUCAAAUGUUUUAUCAGGUUCGAGGUAUUGAAACUGACCGAUUUAACUCCACCUCUCGAAACUUUCAGGUCGCAAAUCUUUCGUGCAGCCAUUGUACUCGACAGGGAUUAUGAACUGAAAUAUAUCCAGACCGCUGACAUUUUCUUCUCGUAGUUUGUUUUUCCUGCAUAUGAAAAAGCUGCCCUGGCAUUGGUUAAGAGUGCCUAUUGGCCCGCUCUCAUUGGUCUGGAGCAGGCCAAUAUCGAAAGCUGAUGGCAUGAAAAGUGAUCACGUGUCAUCACACAACAGAGAGGGUAGUGAGCGUCAGAAGCAAAAAAGGCUGUGGUCAAGUGUUAUAGUAAGGGACCGGUAAAUGGUAUCGGCGCCCUCUUUGUUUGUACUCGCCGAUACCACCAUUUCAGGCCGGAUCAGCCCCCCUCUGCCGAUACUGGUAUCGGUGCAUCUUUAGUCAUAAUAACUUUUGUUCAAAUUGCAACUCUCCCUUUAACUCAUUGGCUGCUAUUGACAUCCAAUCCAUUGAACUUGGUGGGCAGAGAGUAAUCAUAUAUAUAUAUUCGCUAUAUAGUUUACAUUUUUAUCAGAGUGCUUUUCGGAUAUCUGGAACUGACCCCACAUUUUGCAGUUUUUUCCUUCAUUAUAUUUGCUACAUUGUUACCCAUGUCAAUAUUUUGCUCAUGAUCAGAUGUGUUGUCUGAUGCAACUCGAACACUAUCUGGGCUCAUGUGUUCUUAUGGGGAUUAUGCAGCACCUUUUCAACACACGUGAUAUCCUGAGAGAGUACCUGCUAUUCUUUUAGUGCGUCACACAAGAUUCUUUUAACUGAUUCCAUCCACACAGUGUAAACAGUUUGCAUAUAUAUUAUUUGUCCGUUGUGCAAAAUUUUUCAAAGUUCAACAUGCACAUUUAAAUAACUUGUUGAAAAAAAAUUCCUGCACUACAACAAAAUCCAGUACAAGAACAUCAUUUUAAUUUGGUUGUAGUUUUGGCUGCAGAAUAGCUAUAUUCUGUGUACACGAAUAAAGGGAGGGUUGUACUUUGGAUCACUUUUCUAUGCCAAAGUAAAAUGAAACAUGCCCUUUUGCUGUUUAAUGAUUCACUCACAUUGACGGGGGGAAAGGGAAUAGUUCAAAGGAGAAUUGACCCUCUCUGGGAGAUCUUUGUCGGAAGCCAUGAAGCUCUAGGGUUCAAUUUCAGGUGUGUUGGACAAAAAUAUCCAUGUCGCACUGCUGCCCGAUGAUUCUUUGUGUUGCUUGUCCUUGAGCUCUAUUACCAUGGUAACGGGAAGUGCGUGGUUACUCCAAUGGGAGCCCUGUCGUCUUCUCCUCAGUCGUCACCCCAUCCCCCUUCUCCUCGAUGAGCAGUGUUUCACCUGUAAAGCCACGGGGACUAGUGGGAGCCAAGGACGUGCUGAGACUAAAUCGUGGAGGUCCAUUGGGGGCUCAUAAAUGAAAGUCCAACUCGCAGAUGAAGAUGAGCCCGAAUGAUGCAAGUGCUGCGCCAUGUGAGCUCAUUCUGGAGGUACUCCUGAGUUCUUAUGCAGUAAGAUUUCCCAAAAAGAAUGGCUAAGCCUGGUUGGACUGGCUCCUUUGAGUACAACAGACCAAGGAUAACAGUGGUUUCAGCCAAGGGCGUAGGUUUGCAUAGGGACGGUAAGGACAUAAUACCACCAACUUUUCAGGAUCCUCUAAUUGUCCCCACCAAAGCAAGGGCGUAGGUUUGGUCUCAACAUUGGUCGUGACGGUAUAAUAGCAUAACCUGCAUGUACACUUUUUGCUUGGGACGGGACAUUAAUAAGACCAACCAGAAUGGGUGAACGGGGGUAAGGGCUACAUUUCUCACAAAUAUAAACCUAAUUGAUAGGCUAAAUGAUCAAUGCAAAACUAAUCUGUAUUGACUUAUACUAACUUUCAUGUGUAUUGUUUAGCAGAUACACCGUUCGAUUCAAACCUUUGUUUUCAAAAACUACUUAAAAAAAAAACAACUUAAAAAAAACAUUUUGAAAACUUCCAGAAUAAGUGUCUGGAUUUUAUUAGCAAAUUUAAAGUGCAGUAUUUGAACAUAUAUUAACUACUUCUUACCUUGAAUAUGAUUAAUGUAUAAUUAUCUGAAAAAUGUACGCAUGGGCUGCAAAUAAAAAUAUUUUAAAAUAAACAAUGUAGAACAUGAAUAUAUUUUAAAUAAAUGCAAGUCAUCAGCCAAUCAAACGUGCAUUUGAGGGGAAAAAACUAGACCGGCACAUUCAGCAAGUGAAAAGAGGUACCAUGAUAUGGAGAAUCAAAGCUGCCAAAAUUAAAAAUAAAUAAAAGUGAAAAUAACACACUUAAUAAUGAUGGGGUGAAUUCUAUCCUUACAGCAUUUGGGAAGACAAAAUUAAACAAAAGUAUCUAUAUAACUGAACUCAUUAUUAUAUGCAAAUAAGGUUGCUUAAAAGUUGGUGGGGAUAAUUUUAGCACCCUGAAAAGUUGGUAGUGUUAUGUCCCUACCGUCUCUAUGUAAACCUUCAUUCUUGCUUUUAAGCAACCUUAUUUGCAUUAUAUAAUGACUUCAGUGAUAUAGGUCAUUUAGAAUGUCUUCCCAUAUGUUGUAAGGAUAGAUUUGACCUUCCCAUUAUUAAAUGAAUUAUUUUCAUUAUGUUCGGUCCUUACAUUUACCCUUUUUUACUUGCUGAAUGUGCCGGUCCAUUUUUUUCCCCAAAUGCACAUUUGAUUGGCUGGUGGCUUACAUUUAUUCAAAAUGUAUUCAUUUAUUCUCAACAUUAUUUAUUUACAUAUACAUUUUCAUUUCUAGCCUCAGCAGACAUUUUUUUCAGAUAAUCACACAUUAAUCCAAGGGCGUAGGUUUGGUCUCAACAUUGGUAGGGACGAUAUAACAGCAUAACCUGCAUGUACACUUUUUGCUAGGGACGGUACAUUAAAAAGACCAAACAAAUUGGGUGAACGGGGGUCAGGGCUACAUCUCUCACGAAAAUGAACCUAAUUAAUUUAAAGGCUAAAUGAACAAUGCAAAAUAAAUCUGUAUUGAUUUAUACUAAAUUUCAUAGGUAUUGGUACAGGUGAUACUCCAUUUGAUUCAAACCUUUGUUUUCAAAAACUAUUAAAGAUUUUGACAGCUUCCAGAAUAAAUGUCUGGAUUUUAUUAGCAAAUUUAAAUUACAAUAUCUGAACAUAUAUUAACAUACACAAUAAAUACAAACGUUCAUAAUCUCAACUAUCCAAGAAUGCAAAAAAAUAUAUACAUUUAUCUUAAGACCACUCAACAUUGUCUAAAUAAAUAUAUUAAAUGUAACUGCAAAAACAUAUUAGUCAGGGAAUAACAAAAAUAAAAAAGGAACCUUCUUACAUGUAAAACACUACUGCUUUUGUCAACAAGCACAGUCAAACUCAACAAAAAAUGAACGCUCCUUUGGGCUGCUUUAAGAACACAUAAAUAAGAAUUGGGGUGAAGAGGGUAAACUCACUACAUUUCUCACAGUUUAAUUAAUUUUAUAGUAGAAAACACAUACAGGUAGACACUUCUCUCAGCAGCUUCCUAUUCGAGUUUUGCAGGUUAGCAAAUUCACAAAAUUUAAAGUUAUUCUAUCUCUGAUACAUGUUUAACUUUCAGUAAAAAAAAAAAAAGAUAGGGGUGUGUUCCCCACCUCAACAACAUUGACGUCUUUUUACAUUACUUAGAGUGGAUGCUGGCCGGAUAAAAAACCAAAACCUUCUAAUAUCCCUCCCCUUCGAAGUAGGCGGAGGAGGCGGCAUGUUGUCGAUAUGUUGCAUUUCUGUCGGGGCUUUUAGUGCGUGUGUUGGGUGGUGGAGGGGUCAAGUCAUCAGCCAAUCAAACGUGCGUUUGAGGGGAGGGAAAUGGACUGGCACAUUCAGCAAGUAAAAAGGGGUAAAUGUAAGUCUGAACAUAAUGAAAAUAAUUCACUUAAUAAUUGUAUAAUAAUGGUCAGUUCUAUCCUUACAACAUAUAUUGGUAAUUUACAUUGUCUUCCCAUAAUUGAAGUUAUUAUGUAUUGCAAAUAAGGUUGCUUUAAAGCUGUUGGGGACAAUUUAAGCAUCCUGAAAAGUUAGUAGUGUUAUGUCCCUACCAUCCCUAUGCAGAGCUACACCCUUGUGUAAAACAGAAGUCGCGAGCAGAAAUGCGGAAUUACCUCGGAAACUUGUCCAUAAGGCACAUUGGAUUAUAAGGCGCACUGUUGGCUUUUGAGAAAAUUGAGGGCUUUCAGGUGCGCCUUAUAGUGUGGAAAAUACGGUAAUUGUGAAGGUUCAUUAUGUAUUUGUAGUAGGGCUGUCAAAAUUAUCGCGUUAACAGGCGGUAAUUAUUUUUUUAAAUUAAUCACGUUAAAAUAUUCGACACAAUUAAUGCACAUGCCCCGCUCAGAUUAAAAUGACAGCAGUGUAAUAUCCGCUUGUUACUUGUUUUUUGGUGUUUGGCGCCCUCUGCUGGCGCUUCGGCCCAAAUGAUUUUAUAGGUUUCAGCACAAUGAGCGAGCAUGGUGUAAUUAUUGACAUCAACAAUGGCGAGCUACUAGUUUAUUUUUUUAUUGAAAAUUAAAAAAAAAAAAAUGAAUAAAUGAAAAUAUUAAGAGGGGUUUUAAUAUAAAAUUUCUAUAACUUGUACUAACAUUUAUCUUUUAGGAACAACAAGUCUUCUAAUUUCUUCAAAACUUCUAAUAUCCCUCCUCUCUGAAGGGAGCGGAGGAGGCGGCAUGUUGUCGUUAUGUUGUAUUUCUCUCGGCGCUUUUAGUGUGUGUGUUGGGCGGUG